AGUACAUACCCCUGAGGGGGCUCCAGUGUUGAGUGUUGGUGAGGAUGAAAUAUUAUUCGCAAUUUUCACUGUUUGUGGCCUAUGGGUCAGGAAACUGGGGAUCUAGUUGCAGAGUGGGGCUUGGUCCAAGAUCACCACAUUUUCCCCUAACGAGGAUGUUCAGAGAUGUUAUUACACACCUCUGGAGCAGGUUGACCCUGAACACGAGUCUCCUGGCCUAGAGGCAGGGCCAUUACCACUUCACCACACAUGCCCUUCAAUACUUGAUACAGAUCUCUCAUUAAGAGCUCGAGCCUCUUGCCCAGAUCCUGAGUCUUGUCGAGUACGCAUGCUCGGGGGGCUGGAGUUGCGCCUGCGCACUGGUGACGAAGCUCAAAAUGGCGACGACAAUGAGCGACAGAGAUUUGCGAAGCAAGCUGAAGGCCUUGGGCUUCGCGGCCGGCCCAAUCACCGACAGCACCAGGUCCGUGUACCUGAAAAAGUUACAACAACUGCAAUCCGAAAAGAAUCAACAGGAAAAGAACAGCCGGGCGCCGCGGGUUCGCCAGAGCCUCCGGCAACGGGAGGUUGAGUUCCCGGCCCCCGCCCCAGCCCCAGAGCAGCCAAGGAGGAAGCCAGCCGCUGUCUCCAACGUGAGGGCCGAGUCCAGCCGCCAGCAGGCCGACGCUGUGUCUGACUCUACCACCAUACAUUAUUCAGGGACAUCGGCUGCAUACCUUACAAAUAGACUCCAUUCAGGGGAUGACGAAGACGCGGAGGAAUCUGACAGUCUGAGCUCGCAUCGAUACACGGGGACUUCCAGCAGCUUGCAUUCGGAUUCGUUUACCAGGAAACCAGUCAACUCAUAUUCAGAUCGCUAUACAGGCGCAUCUGGCAGCCUGACUUUAGAUCCAUAUACCACGAAAUCUGUUAGCUCAUAUUCAGAUCGCUAUACAGGGGCAUCUGGCAGCCUGACUUUAGAUCCAUAUACCACGAAAUCUGUUAGCUCAUAUUCAGAUCGUUAUACAGGGGCAUCUGGCAGCCUGACUUCAGAUCCAUAUACCAGAAAACCUGUCAGUUCAUAUUCUGAGCGAUAUACAGGAAUAUCUGGCAGCCUGACUUCAGAUCCGUAUACCAGAAAACCUGUCAGUUCAUAUUCUGAGCGAUAUACAGGGGUAUCUGGAAGCCUGGGUUCAGAUCCGUAUGCAGGGACAUCGGGCGGCCUGACUUCAGAAUCACACAGCAGGAUAACUGACCGACUGUAUUCAGAUCGCUACACUGGGGAGAGUCUGAAUUCAGAUCCAUAUACAAAGAAAUCUGACAGUUCAUAUUCGGAUCCAUACACUAGGAAAUCUGACAGCCUGUAUCCAGAUACAUAUACGGAAAAAUCUGACAUCCUGAGUUCGGAUCAAUAUGCAAGGAAAUAUCAGAGUCUAAAAUCCAAGCCAUACACAAGGAAACCUGAUAGCGUGUAUUCAGAUCAACAUGCAGGGAAAUCUGAGAGCCUAAGUUCAGAUCUACAUACAGGCAGAUUUAGCAGCUUGUAUUCUGAUCAAUUUUCAAGAAAUUUGGGCAGCCUCCAUUCUGAUAGUCGUUACAGAGGAAAGUCUGACAGUUUGUUGAAAAGUGAACGCUACAUAAGAGGAACUGCUGCUGGGCUGCCUAAGAAGGGGGUGCAAAAACCCAAGAAUCGUCUCGACAAAUUUGAGUUUUACUUAUCAUGGUUUCUUUAUGUUACUACAAUUGUCCUGUGUCUCAUUCUGUUGGGGUUAAUCUGCGUCAAAACCUUACAGUUGCUUGAAGAAUCUGAAGACGUAGGUGAAAAUAUUAAGAUGCUGCCAGUGGAUUGCAAUGGGAAAACUGACGCAUAUUGCCAAGCUGAAGAACGCAAAAUCAUAAUGCUCAUGUUGUCUGAAAUGUAUGAGUAUUUGGCAGAAAUAGCUGGUGAGUUUGAGUGUGGAUCUGAAUAUCUGCUGAAGACCAAAUGUGUUCCAGUUGCUGAUGUACAGAGACAUUUAGCAACUAAUAAUAUACCUAAUCUAGAAAAAUUUAAUGAGGCACUUCAAUGGAUCAUUCAGAGUACUCGAGACUUUGGGAUUAGGUUAGUUGGUGAAGAUUCUGAAACAUCAGUGACUUCAGUGGAUCAAGUGAUCUGUCUUGAAUCCACUCGUCCACAGAUGAAUUUAUAUUGUCGCCUUCGUCAUGCUGUUUAUACUAUUCUUCACAGAAUGUUAAUCUUUAUAUUGGUUUUAAGCCUUUUGUGGAUCAUGUUGCUACUUCUGAAAUACCAGUUGAAGAAAAUGAAGGACCGAGAGCAAGCCGUGUAUGAAAUGGUGAACAAAAUUAUAGCUGUCGUUCGUGCCCAUAAUCAAGACUGGGAAAAAGAUUUAGAACUCAUACCAUAUGUACCUGUCCCUCAUGUCCGUGACACUCUGAUUCAACCUGAGAACAGGAAAAAGAUGAAGAUGAUCUGGGAGAAGGCUGUUCAGUUUCUUGAAGCAAAUGAAUCACGAAUUCGUACAGAGACUCAGAUAAUAAAUGGAGAAGAUUUCUUAGUCUGGAGGUGGACGCAGCCUUCGUCCCUCUGUGAUUCAAUGUGAUAAAUAACUAAAUGUAAUGAGCAAAGGGCAGUUAGGAGCCAUAUUGUUGAUGCAGUGCUUUAGCAUGCCAGCAAGCUUUACUACGCAGUGAACACUUGUGUUUGUGAAAUUUUCACACAGCAGUUGAUUUAUUUGAGAGCAAGGGGUAAGCCACGACUGAUGAAAAGGUAGAAGAAUUGAGUGGAUACCUGGAACAUCUUGCAAUGCUUGUUGACAGAUUUUAAAAAUAUCAUUAUUCAUUGUUGGGAUUAAGGAAUCACGAGCAAGGUCUAGAUUUAAUCUUCAUCUCUAAUAUAACUGAGGGGCUUAAUAGGUAACCAGAGAAAGCAGCUAAAAACCUGUCAUGUGUUGAGUGACUGAAGUUGUAUACAGUUUGACAAGUUUUGUAAUAGAUUUUUUUGACAGCAGUGCCAAUCCAACAACCAUCAAUUACCACUUAAAGUUCAGUCCUCCUGAUGAGAUUUGACCUGUCACUAUCCUGAAUAACUAGUUCAGACACUUAGAUUAUUAGUUCAAUAAGAGAGACACCAUACCAUAGCUAUAUUUAUUUGUGUUUUGUGUUUUUCCAAAGCCAGAUAAUAUGCUAAUAUAGCCAAAUAAAGCAGAAAGGUAAUACUGUAAAUCUGAGAACAAUAAAAUAAUGUGUAACUUUGAACUAGGCCUUCUAUUUAGUGGACUUUAAAUAUAGUUGUCAUAAUUCUUAAACAUAAAGAUUUAAAGUCUUUGUUCAGAUUCAUAUUGUGUGCUGCAUAGUGUUUUAAAUUUGCUUUUAUGCACUGACUUUGUGAAAAUAAUUGUCAUUAUGUCAGAAAUUCUGUCUCCUGUAUAUAAGUAGUGCACUUGCUUUAAGCAUUUUAUACAUUUUUUAAGGAUAAGUUUUUUGCAGUUUAUGCAACAAAAUCUAUGUUAUGAAGAGCGUACAACAUCAGUUUUUCCUUUCUGCUACAUACAAAUUUGAUAGGAAAUGUAAUAAUGCUGAUUCUUCUGAACAGAGCCAAACAUGCUGAAAUAUAUUCAUUCCACUUAACUGACCUAGUAUUCCUGACCCAUAUCUGUUCUAUUUCUGUUUUCAACUGUCAACAGAAAUAUUUAAAAAAUGAAAUAACUCCACGAAGGCUGGUAUCCCAUCACCAAAUCGCCCUUUUUUGACACAUGCGUAGCAUUUGACACUGACCAGCCUUGCUCGGAACCAGUUCCGAGUGUGUUCAGAACCCCUGACACUUCUGUUUAUAUCUGUCAGCCAGGACUGCUGAUUGGGGCUGUUAUCCUAGUCCAAUCAGGGAACUCGUAUUCAAUGAGGUCCACCUACCUGACCUUGUUCCAAUCACUACAGAAAGCAUAUCUCCAAAGUAUUUUCAAAUAUUUGUAAAUGUAUUUUGUUCCAUAAGGGUAAUUUUAUUUCUUAAAAUGCAGGUUAUUUUCUUUUUAAAAGGGUGACAAUAGCUUCUCUGUAAAGGGUAAUUAUGUAAAAUAGUAGAUCUCUAUGACUAUAAAACUGACAGUUGAGCAGCAGCUUUAUGACUUAAGAAAUGUCUGAUAAUGUUUUUAUGUGUGAAAGUUAAGUGGUUAACAUAU